UAACCGAUGUAAACGUCUGGUCCUACCUGACUAUGAACUUCACUAUUGUUCUAUAAUUAAGAAAAGAAGUUCAUUGAUAUUAUAAUAGGACGAAGAAUUACAACAUUUUAAAAUGAUCAUGGAUAAUUCACCACUAAUUAUUGAGACAGAUGAUCUGCAGUAUGAAGAGGAACUACUUCGUAACCCUUUUUCAGUAAAGCACUGGCAACGUUAUAUAGAACAUCAGAAGGAUGCUUCUCCAGAAAAACUCAAUAAAGUCUAUGAGAGAUCAUUACUUCAGAUGCCGGGAAGUUACAAGCUAUGGCACCAGUAUCUUAGAUUGCGUAUGCAGCAGGUGAAAGGUCGAUGUAUCACAGACCCAGAGUUUGAAAGUGUGAACAACACUUUUGAACGUGGCUUGGUAUUCAUGCACAAAAUGCCUCGUGUGUGGAUAGAUUAUUGCCAAUCUUUAAUGAACCAGAGAAAGAUAACAAGAACUCGGAAGACAUUUGACCGUGCCCUCUGUGCUCUACCAAUCACACAGCAUAACCGCAUAUGGCCUCUGUAUCUCAAGUUUGUUAUGACUCACCCUAUUCCAGAAACAGCUGUUAGAGUAUGGAGGAGAUACCUGAAGCUGUGCCCAGAGGACACAGAGGAUUAUAUCACUUACCUCAUAUCUAUUGGCCGGUUGGAAGAAGCAGCCAAGAAAUAUGAAUGGUGUGUUAACACAGAUUCAUUUACUUCAAAGUAUGGCAAAUCCAAGCAUCAGUUGUGGUCUGAACUCUGUGAGCUCAUCUCUAAAAACCCCCAAGAAACGAGCCUGAAAAAUGCAGAAGCCAUCAUACGUCAUGGCCUCCAACGUUACACUGAUCAAGUGGGUAUGCUGUGGAACUCUCUGGCUGAAUUCUAUAUCAUCAGUGCUCUUUUUGAAAGAGCUCGAGAUGUGUUUGAAGAAGGACUGAGAAGUGUGAUGACAGUGCGAGAUUUUACACAGGUUUUUGAUGCUUAUGCCCAGUUUGAAGAAUUAAUGCUGAAGAAACGUAUGGAAGAAGUAGGAGUUGAGGUUGAUGAAGAGGAAGAAAUUGAUCUGGAAUUAAGGUUGGCAAGAUAUGAAGAUUUGAUGCAACGGCGACCACUUUUACUUAACUCAGUCAUGUUGCGGCAAAACCCACACAAUUGUUUGGAGUGGCAGAAGAGAGUGACGCUUUAUGAAGGAAAACCUAAGAUGAUUGUUGCUACAUACAUGGAAGCUGUCAAAACAAUUGACCCAAAACAGGCAACAGGAAAGCUGUUUUCACUUUGGGUUAACUUUGCCAAGUUUUAUGAAGAGAAUAACCAAAUUGUAGAUGCACGAAUAAUAUUCCAGCGAGCCACUGAAGUUGCUUAUGUAAAGGUUGAUGAUCUUGCUAGUGUUUGGUGUGAAUGGGCAGAGAUGGAGAUCAGACAUGACAAUGAAGAAGAAGCUCUGAAGCUUAUGAAGCGAGCUACAGCACCACCACCCCACAAAGUUGCCUAUAAUGAUGAAUCAGAACCUGUUCAGCGGCGGGUAUACAAGUCUCUUAAGUUAUGGUCAAUGUAUGCUGACCUUGAGGAGUGUUUAGGCACCUUUAAGUCCUGUAAAGCCGUGUAUGAUAGAAUCAUCGACCUACGGAUUGCUACACCACAAAUCAUCAUAAAUUAUGGAAUGUUUUUGCAGGAAAACAACUAUUUUGAAGAAGCAUUUAAAGCAUAUGAAAAGGGCAUCUCCCUCUUCAAGUGGCCAUAUGUUUAUGAUAUAUGGAACACCUACCUCACCAAGUUCCUUGAGCGCUACAUGGGAACCAAGAUAGAGCGGGCUCGAGAUCUCUUUGAACAGUGUCUGGAGAAAUGUCCCCCCAGCUAUGCUAGGAACCUGUACCUCUUAUAUGCCAAGAUGGAGGAAGAUCAUGGACUGGCCAGACAUGCUAUGCAGGUGUACAGUCGUGCCACUAAGGCUGUACCACCUGAGGAGAAACUGGCUAUAUACAAUAUCUACCUACAACACGCACAACAGAUUUAUGGUGUUACAAGAACGAGGGAAAUUUAUCAGGAGGCAAUUGACGACCUUCCUGAUGAAGGUGCUCGUGAAAUGUGUUUACGGUUUUCGGAGAUGGAGAGGAAGCUCGGUGAAAUUGACCGUGCUCGGGAAAUUUAUGCCUAUUGCAGUCAGAUAUGUGAUCCUCGCAUUACUGCCGAGUUCUGGGCCAAGUGGACUGAUUUUGAAGUGGCUCAUGGCAAUGAAGACACCAUGAAGGAACUACUUCGUAUCAAGCGAUCAAUGCAAGCCAAAUACAAUACACAGGUGAACAUGAUGUCAGCACAGAUGUUAGCAUCUGCAGACACGGUCGCUGGCACUGUCUCUGACCUUGCACCAGGAGCAAAGGAUGGUAUGCGUAUGUUGGAAGCACGUGCUGUAGCCAUGAACCAAUUAGAGGAACAAAAUGCUCCGACGACACAUGCUCCUCCUGCAGGUGGCUCCAAAAUUAUGUUUGUGCGAGGUACAACCACCAAGAGGGAAGAUGAGGUUGCAGAUACAGCUCGUACCACAAAUCCAGAUGAAAUUGACAUUGAUGAUGAGGAUGAAAAUGAUGAUGAUGAUGAUGAGGAGGAGGAGGAUGAUGAUGAUGAUCUUCCUCAACAACGAGAAGUGCCAUCAGCAGUGUUUGGUCAGUUGAAAAAAGAUUAAACUGCAGUUUGAAAUUAAUAUUUUAAAAUAAAUUUAAUAUUGA